UUUCUGUCACUUGUAGUAUUAUGCUUUUUGUGAAGAAAAUCCCCAAUUCGAUGGACUCAUGUUUCCGCCAUGGAUUGAUUCCCGAAGAAGCUCCCCAUUCUCCUCGAUGAAUCGUCUCCCACAUUAAGAUCCGUCUGAAUAUGGCCUACGCUGAAAGCCCUUCCCAGCUUUCCGGCAUCUGUUUUGUUUUCCUUCUUAGCUUUUUCCUUUUCUUCUCCGUCUUAUCUGUUUUCUCUCGAUCGGAUUUGGGUUCAUACAUUGAAUUGGAAAAGUUUAAUUUGAAUUGAGGGGAUGUGGUUGAGGCUGGUCGGGCCUUGUUCCGAUCGAGGGCAAUCGCUGCGUGUGCUGAGUUAUGGGGAAGCGUACUGUGCGGACAUUGAAGGAGUUGUACGAUCGCACAGAGAGAAUUUUGGAACUGGAGGCAUGUACGGUUGUCGCGUUUGUUUCAUCCGGUUAGGGUUACGCUCUUCUCCACGCCUGAAUAGUUAAAUUUAUUAGGCUAUCUGUUUGUUUUACUCACUUUUCUUCCGUCACCCUGGAAUGAUUUUGCGUUACUGAUGGACAUAACAUAGUCUGUGAGAUUUAGCGAAAGGGAGUGCUUCUUCUUCUUAUUUGUUUUCUAUCAUUUUCAUUUUUCUUUACUGGUAUUUGCGAGCAAACGAAUUGACGCGGCUAAAUGUGGUCUGUAAGCAGGGAUUUUCUAGGAUGUGAGGAGAUUACACCUGUUCUGAAGGGCAGCUGUCGCAUCCAAGGACCUGUGGAUGAUUUGGACCUGAUGAAUCUUCAGGGGACUGAUUCUGAAAAAUUCGUCAGUAAUUGCACAAACAGAAAAGCUGUAAAAUCAUCUGCUCUUACUUGUGUCAUUGAUGUUGAAUCUAGCCUCAUAAGAGAGCCAUCUGUACCCUCAGUUUCUCCAAAUUGCAAUCAAGGUGCUGACUUCAUCAACAUUGAAGGAGACAAUGGAGAGAAAGAGACAUCAGCAUCAGCAUCUAUUUUGGCUAUCAUAGAUGAUGUUCUAAGAGGAAACCUUUUAAAUGCAAACCUCAUUCGUUGUGAGUCUAUGGCCAACGAAAAACGGGAACGAUCAUGUUCUAUAGAACGAAUGUCGUGACAAUCUUCCGGCGGAAUGUCGGAUAACGUCGAAACGGCGCUACCGAGAGAUAGGCCGAGUUGGUUCCCUGUUGAGGACAGCGAGAGAGAGUUGGACCAAGAUCGAAGCCAUAGACUCUCUAAUGGGGAAAGCAGGCUAUAACAGUGUAAUCUCCGAAUCCCUUCGCAAGAGACUUCGCAUCACCAAAUACCAAAGCACUUUAUACACCAUGCAUUACAGCGAAUAUAUUGCUUAUGUCAAAACUAGCCGAGCUCAAUACCCUACAAUGAACGGGGUAAAGUCUAUCCAUUGAUUUGUGGUUUUGCAGGAUUCACCACCAAUUUAGAUUAAAUUUAAUGCAGCUGGGUAAAAAAUGUAAUUUGAUUUUUGUCCCAUCUGCUAUUCAACUGCCUUCAUUCUUAUUGGUGUUUGAUAGACUUUUUAUUUAAAUGAUACCCAGCAACAUUGUUGUUAACUAUU